AAGGUUAGUUACCCUUUAAUUUCAUUUUUCUUUCUUUUUCAAAAUUUAGGUUUUGGUUUAUACCCGGAUCAAUUUGUAUUUCAAAAUUGCUUUUCCUUUACUCUGGAUUGUUAUAUUGUUCUAUAUACAAAUUUAGGUAUUUGGAUCAUGUGGUCAAGGUGCCGGUUUUACUGUUUUUGUGAUAGAUUUUGAAAGGUAUUUUGAUGAAUGAGAAUAGAGACAUCCUUGACCAUCAAAUUCAUGUUCUCAGGCGGAUUUUAUUGAGAAGUUGCUGUCUAUUUGGUUGGUCAGAAAGUGUAGGGAAAAGAAAGAAAAUGUAGGGUCUUUUCAAGCUUGGUGUUUCUGGAGCACCUCUUUGAACAAUCUUUUAGCUACCCAAUGUAGAAUUUUAGCUUGGUAUUUCGAGAUUGAUGAAUUUAGAAUAUGAUCUUUUUGGCAGUCUUGAUUGUACUGGAUUUAUCAUUUUUUCUAUAAGGUUUGAGAGAGACACUUGAGAAUUUGAUUAAAUUUUGUAUCAUCUUGAAGAGAAGUGAAGAUUUUGAUAAUAAGAGUAUUAUUAUUUUGUCUUUCUCCUGUUUUUUUUUUCUCCCCAAGAUUCUUAAUGUUUGAUAUGAAGGAAGUAAAAUCACUGAUUUUAAAUUCAAUUUUAGGGUUGCAAGUUUCCGUGUGUUUUCAGAGACUUUCUGUAAAUAAAUAUGUUUUUAUGUGUGUAGGUAUGUUCAAGAACCAAUUGCAAGAGUUGGCUCAAAGAAGUUGCUUUAAUCUGCCAUCUUAUUCGUGCAUUCGAGAAGGCCCUGAUCACGCACCUCGGUUUAAAGCUACGGUAAACUUUAAUGGAGAUACCUAUGAAAGCCCUACGUUUUGCUCUACUUUGAGACAAGCAGAACAUGCUGCAGCUGAAAUAGCACUAAAUACACUUGCCAACCGAGGCCCUUCGAAAGCAUUGGCUGCAAGAGUAUUGGAUGAAACAGGUGUCUAUAAGAACUUGCUUCAAGAGACUGCUCAUAGAGCUGGCUUAAAUCUUCCGAUCUACACCACUGUUCGAUCUGGACCAGGUCAUGUUCCUAGUUUUUCCUGCAUUGUUGACCUUGCAGGCAUGAGCUUUACAGGGGAACCCGCUCGGACUAAGAAACGAGCUCAAAAGAAUGCAGCAAUGGCUGCAUGGUCAGCCCUGAGAAAACUGUCUCGGGAUGUUUCGUCUUUGUCUUCGUCACCUUCAUCGGAGUCUAAAGGAAAACAAGAUCAAGUCGUCAUUGCUCGUUUCCUUUCAUCAUUACUACCUUUAGAAGCAGGGCAGUCUAUGCAAAAUGAUUGUCGGUAUGAAAGGCAGAGGUCGGUCCCAGUAUGUCGAGAUAUAACCCCACCAAACAGAAGCUUAUAUAUGCAGGGUGAAAGUUGGUCUUACCCUUUCUUUUCCCCUGAAAUGGCCUUGCCCAUAUACCAAAUAUGGGAACAAGAACAACUGUUGCAGCCGCAAAGCCAUAUGUUUUCAUUUCCGGUUUCUCCAGUUCCUCUGCCUGGUCCUCAUUUUCUUCCUUAUGCGCGGUCUAUUUUAUGCCCGGAUCCUCGUAUGUCAUUUCAAGCUAGGGACCAAGAACCAAUCUUAAUGGCUCCAAGGCUUGCAAUUUCUACAUCAUGUCCUUCUCUUUGCAUCUCUAAUCAUUCAGCAUCUCAACCAACCAUGGGAAGAUCUACAGUGACCAUUCAAGAGAUACAUGAAGAGAUUAAAGAAGAAUCGCGCAGAAAUCCUUCUCCGCCUUUAGUUAUUGAUCGGCUUCUUCCGAGUCAAAAUACUGCCGAAACAGGUAUCAGUGAACCAAAACAGGAAGACCACAAACAGAAGAAUGUUGAGUUGGAAAGCAAAGCUGAAACUGGUCAUAUGAAAUCAAGUGCUGGUUCUCGUCCUGUCAACGACCGAUUACCAAAUAUGCAUGCCUUUGAGUCUUCUUAUCUUCGACCACAGUAUCCUCCGAGGACAAGUUAUUACAGAAAUUCUAGACCACCACCAUCAUAUGCAGCAGCUCCUCUGAUGAUCAGAACAGUCAACGCAACUUCUUCCACGAUACCGAACAUGCAAGAGCCAAUAAUGCAGGUUCCUGUCCUGCCUAGAAUGAGGACUGGAGCUCCACCUUUUUCGGCCAGACCAAGUUUCGAGAGAGUGAACCAUGGUGGUACGCAUCCUAGUUCCAUUGCACCACCUGUUAGAAUACGAUCCGUUGUACCAGUCUGUUCAGCCCCACCAUCAAGUAAAACACCAAGCUUCAACAAGGAGGCAUUGUUGCUCAACAAAGAGAAGAAAGAUAAUGCUCCUGAGGAUAUAUCAACUGCAACUUCAGAACUUAGUAAUCUUAGCAUGUAGAUGGAGGAUACCGCUUGCUACUUUUAAAUUAAUAUUUAUUAUGUUUAUAACCGUGAUAAACACAACGCGACCGAGCAUGGGUAAUA